AUGACACUAUAUCAAAUACCUAUUAUUAAUCAAACACCUGUUACUACUCGUGCAGCAGCAUUAAGAUCGCAAGCUAAUGCAGAUUUAAUUCAUUUACAAGAGCAAGCAAUACCAACACCAGCAUCAAGUAACAAAACAACUCGUAAACGUUCAUCAAAGCAGAAACGUAAACAAGUUGAAAUACAACAGAUUAUGCCUUCUGCUGAUUCUCAAAUAUGUCCUCCACUUCAACCACAGUCAACAACUUUAGAUGCUGUACUUACACCUGAAGCUCUUCAUGAAUACCCUCAUGAAGAUGUGAUAUUAAAAAAAAAGAUGAUACAACAGUUGAACAAACAUCUUCAAUGCCAAUAA